AUGGUGGGGCUUCGAAGCCCUUUGUCCUCUUCUCUCUCUCUGCAAACACAAAAGAUCUCUUCUAGACGUUUGCGUCGUCAACGCGUGCUCGUUUUGUGCUGGUUUUUCGCGACAGUUCUGUUCAUAAACGCGUUCGUACCGAAACAAAGUUCAAUCAGAAACGAAUCACAGUUACACUCGCACGGGAAAAACGUUUUGAAUGCGGACGCGAUUCUUGCGAGUUUGUCGUCGUUUAAUCACGUCUUCGGUGGAAGAGGAAGAGGAAGAACUUCUUCAAACAGCAACAACAACAACAACGAUGAGUUCUUGCGAUUGCAAAUGGAGAAAGAGAGAGCGUCUGGGACGUUGAAAUAUAAAAUGGAACGAGAACAGAAUAAGAAUCUGAUGCACAGCUCUGGACAAAGUCUGAGCGAGUUGACGAACGACAACGCUGGGGAGAAUAAUUUUAUGAACAACAACAACGGCGAAGACGUGGGAACGCUCGCGCGACCGAGAAUUAUACCGAAGACUUUACGGGACACUUUAAUUCACGACGUGGAAGCGAGGGAGUAUCGUAAGUUUAAAAAAUGUUCGGUGAUCGGGAACGACUCGUCCAUGCGCAACGCCAAGUUAGGUGUUGAGAUUGAACGCGCGCAAGCUAUUUAUCGCAUGAAUUUUGCGCCUUUGAAGAUGUUUGAAGUGGACGUCGGGGCGAACACGCACACCAUGUGCGUCAAUCCAGAGAAGAUGAGGAGAGGUUUAAGGAAAGAGUUAUCGGAUAUGGAGAAGAAGAUGGAUGGGAUCGGAGGGUAUAGAAGCAGCAGCAGUAGUAGUAGUUUUAGCGGCGGCGGCGGUACGAGUCACGGGCGAUGGGUCACCGAUAACGGCAACAUACCGGAACGAGUGUUAGUCGUCGGCGACGUCCCGGGAAAAGACGCGAAAACCGGCGACUCGGAGAAACCGUGCAUUGAACGCUCCCAAGGCGGUUUGUGCAUCGAACGCACCAAAGACAAGAAAAUCAGAAACAUGAAACCUUCCGUCCAAAAACUCGCCGAGGAGUUACUCUACACCUUACAAGAAGGCGUCGGCGAAGAAAACGGCGUCCCGACGACUGGUUUAUACUGUUUAGUCUUAGCGUUAACCGAAUGCGAAUCCGUCGACGUCUACGGCAUCGGCGUCGGCACCAUGAACAAAGAAGACAUGAAAGAUUUAGAGUAUUUCAAAGACGACCAUUUUCGAGGUUGGGACGCUCGACACAACGCCGAAGCCGAGCGUACGCUUUUGCGCGUCCUCGCCUCGAAAGUCUGGAGGAACGCUUUGAUGAAACCGUUGGGUGAGUUGAAGUGGCACAACCCGCUCAUGAGUUCUGAGUUGGUCAACGCGAACUUGUUGAGUCAAACCGCCUGUAUUAGUGGCAUUAGAUGCGUGUGA